AAACCCACGUGUACUGGUUCAUUGAACUAAGUGGCCUUUCGCUGGCACGCGCCAUCCUGUGUAUCGUAUUCUCCCGCCACGCCCUCGACACCUUUCAAUCACCACAAGGUCUUCUUGUGUAUUUCUUUUUAUUUUCCUUCUUAAUUUUAUCCCAUUUUAAAGUCAAUCCCUUCUUCCUCUUUUUACGUUUUGAUUUUGAUUGUUUUUGUGUUAAGCUGUUGAUUCCAGAGGCACUUAUCCCAUUUGACAAAAUCAUGGGUUCAGAGGCUCUUUCUCCCUCAGCUGAUGAGGUCAAUGUGCUGACGGAUCCAUCCAUUGAUAGACCUAGUUCAACCAAAAAGAAUCAGGGUAAAGCUCCUAAAAGAAUUCACAAGGCUGAGAGGGAGAAAAUGAAGCGGGAGCAUUUGAAUGAACUUUUUUUUGACCUGGCCAGUGCUCUUGAACUGAAUCAGCAGAACAGUGGGAAAGCCUCAGUACUGUGUGAAGCAACCAGAUUGUUGAAGGAUUUGUUCAGUCAGAUUGAUACACUCAGAAAGGAGAAUGCAUCUUUGUUGUCUGAAUCUCAUUAUGUGUCUGCUGAGAAGAAUGAGCUGAAGGAGGAGAACUCUGCCCUAGAAUCUCAGAUUGAGAAGUUGCAAAGUGAGAUACAAGCAAGGGUGGCACACUCUAAACCUGACUUGAACGUACCUCCUCCUGAAUUUCAUCAACCAGAACUGGCAUCACAUUUUCCAGGAGAUAGUUAUGGAUUAUCUGCCGUAGAUCCAGCCUUGCAGCAGGCAUCUGCUGUCCUUGUUGUCCCCAUCCAUUCCGAUCUCCAAACUUAUUCCACACCUGAUUCUGCUCACCACCCAACUAAACCUGGCACAAAUGUAAGCAAACCUCAUGCAAGGUACCCUACCUCUGCAGAUUCGUGGCCUUCCCAACUUCUUGGGGAGAGCAUUUGCAGUAGCGGAAACAAUGCCCCAAAUAGCAUGUGAAGUUAGUAAUGUCCAGUAAUCUGUACUCAGAAUCACUCUUCACGUUUUUCUCAAAGUUAAUUAAUGGUGUAUGUUACAAGAUGGAUGAUGGUAGUUUAGUGUAUUUAUUUUUUUAUUCGCAUCAGUUGACUUUUUCAAAUUAUGAACUAAUGUAUUCGGGCUUGACUCUGGUCCAUAGCAUAGCAUGGUACUCAGUUGAAUAAAUACAUAAUAUUGGAAUCCAGUUCAAAGCUGCAGAGGUGCAGGAAUUUGUUUUCGUUUCCGCCCAAGGUGAAGAGUUUGAGGAAACCGAAGAAGCCUACCGCAUUGCCGGCUUGGACCAAGAUCAAUGGGUCAAUAAUCGAGGUUUUAUUGUUCUCUGUUGCUGAAGUUAGACUCAGACAAUUGUCAAUAUGAUGUAACUUUUGUACAAAUAAUGAAUUGAUUUAAAUUUAGAACCUCCUA